CUGUGCUAGUCUGUAAAAGCACUUAGAAACCUGAACACAUGAAAAAGAAAUAAGGCAAAGGGGAAAAGAGAGGGCUGAUAAAGUUUCUGGCUACCAUACAGGAGACAUAUCAUUACCAUAUGAUCUACAGUGGGUGUUAGCAGCUUGGAUUCUGUUCAUUGAAGGAAACCUAAGUUUUUUAACUGAGCUUUUGGAACAGAAGAAGCAGGAGGGUUUUCCACCAAAUGACAGUCACUGAGCAGUAACCUACCCCUCCUCCUUUCCACACCUGCAAGGUCUUCUGCCUGGCUUGAAUCUUUCGUCUAAUUGCAUCUCAUCUAGGAGGGUGCCUGGUGCAAAUCCCUGGAUUAAAAGAUUCACUGCUGCUCUUUUGAAUAGAUGAACUGAACCAUGAAGGUGGCUAUCUUCUUCCUUCUACUCCUGCCACUAUGCUUGGCCAAGCCAUUCCAUCAAAAAGGCUUGUUUGACUUUAUGCUUGAAGAUGAAGCAGGUUCUGGAACACCUGAACCUCCAGGAACUCCAGGAUAUCCUCCAAUGGCAGUAUGCCCAUUCCGUUGUCAAUGCCACCUUCGGGUUGUGCAAUGCUCUGAUUUAGGACUGACUCAAGUUCCCAAAGAUCUUCCACCAGACACUACUCUACUGGACCUGCAAAACAAUAAAAUCACUGAAAUAAAGGAUGGAGAUUUCAAGAAUUUGAAAGAUCUUCAUGCAUUGAUCCUUGUUAACAACAAAAUCAGCAAAAUAAGCCCAGGUGCUUUUGCUCCACUCAAGAAACUGGAGAGGCUUUACCUUUCCAAAAACAACUUGAAGGAACUUCCAGAAAACAUGCCCAAAAGUUUGCAGGAGCUGCGGGCACAUGAAAAUGAAAUCACCAAACUAAGGAAAGCUGUCUUCAGUGGACUAAAUAAUGUGAUUGUUGUAGAACUAGGUACCAACCCAUUAAAAAGCGCAGGUAUAGAAAAUGGAGCCUUUCAGGGGAUGAAGAGACUCUCCUACAUUCGUAUUUCAGAUACUAAUAUAACUAAUAUCCCCAAAGGUCUGCCUUCAUCUCUGACAGAACUUCAUCUUGAUGGAAACAAAAUAAACAAAGUGGAUGCAGAUAGUCUAAAUGGACUCCCUAAUUUGGCUAAGCUCGGCCUCAGCUUCAAUAACAUUGGUAAUGUGGAUAAUGGGUCUUUAGCCAAUGUGCCACAUUUGCGAGAACUCCAUUUAAACAACAAUGAACUUUCUAAAGUACCUCCUGGACUGGGAGAGCACAAAUACAUACAGGUGGUCUACUUGCACAACAACAAAAUUGCUGCUGUUGGCCCUAAUGAUUUUUGUCCUCCUGGAUACAACACCAAGAAGGCUUCUUAUUCGGGAGUGAGUCUGUUCAGUAACCCUGUGCAAUAUUGGGAAAUUCAGCCAUCCUCUUUCCGAUGUAUCUAUGAACGAUCUGUAAUACAGCUUGGAAAUUACAAAUAGAUGAACAAAUAGAUUUCUGCUACAAAAACAUGUUGCCUGUUAAAAUUAUUCCAUUAAAGACCAAUACUGGAGACUUAACUACAGAGUGGAUAUUAUUAUGUAUGUAAACAGCCUAAAAAAUCAUUCCAAGACUUAUUGCAGCAUUUAAUUUGUUUCUAUUUUAUUGCCAGCAUAUGGUAUAUUUCUGUGGUAUCUCUCAAUUAGCUGAGCUAAAUAGGUUUCAAUAUUCCACUAUACAUGAGAUUUGGGGUAAAUAUUCGUCAAGCUUUUCAUAAUCAGAAAUUAUAUAGAUGGUGUUCUUUACAGCAGCACAAAGAAAUUACUUGGAGGCGAUCAGAUGAAAAAAUUAAUGUAUGUAUAUUUUUAUUAUUUUUAAGGAAAAUAAUCAAUUGAAGCCUUAAGCCCUAUCGAUCUAUUACCUGUUCCAUGUUUAAUGCCAUGUAUGCAAGAAUCUGGCUUAUGUUUAGCUUAAGCAAUAUAAAAAUGUUGCUUUUGUUAGUAUUUUGGUUCAAAUAUUAUCUUCUUUUAUAAAUCCUUUUAAUUCAUCCUAGACAAUUCUGUGAAAGAUUUAGGUUAAUAUUACAUUAUUAUCAUAUCCCUGGAUAUCGUCUUUUCUGAAUUACAGAUAAUUGCUGGAGAAGCAAUUUCUCUAUCCCUGGUCACCUGAUAAUAUAGAGAGAUACACAAGUUAUUAGUUUAUCUAUGUUUAGAAUUACAUCUGGGAAGAAGAGAACAUCAGCUGGCUAGAAAUAGCAAAUCAUAUUUGGAAGUCUUCUUCCUUUAAAAAGCCAUCUUGAAAGUAAAUCUUCCAUAUGCAUCUCUAUAACUGGCUUUAGUGGCAAGCAUAUUAACAGAAGGCUGUACAUUUUGGGGAUCAAUGUCUUCAAAUUUAACAAUAUAUUUUCCACAUGUCACAUUUUUAAAAAAGUUUGGAUACCUCUUAAUUGUCCAAAAAUACAGUAUUUUCAAUGUAUGUAUGUUUUUAUAUUAAACAGUACUGGCAAACUCCA